AUGGCGGAGGCUGAAACUGCUAAAGUUCCGGUGGUCGUGGAGGCUCAUCAGGUCGAUACCUUCCAUGUCCCCGAGGCAUACCACACGCACUCGACCAGACCGCAUCUCAAGGACUUUGACGAGUACAAGACGCUCUAUGCAGAGUCUAUCUCUAACCCGGAUGUCUUCUGGGCACGGUUGGCGCGCGAGCUUUUGACGUUCGACAAGGACUUCAACACAACGCAUAUCGGCUCGUUCAAGGGUGGUGACAACGCCUGGUUUGUGGGUGGAAGGCUGAACGCCUCUUACAACUGCGUCGACCGACAUGCGAUCAAGAACCCGGACAAGGUUGCUAUCAUUUACGAGGCUGACGAACCCGGCGAGGGGCGCAGUAUCACCUAUGGCGAGCUGUUGAGACAGGUCUCGAGCUUUGCAUGGACGUUGAGGCAGCAAGGCGUCAAGAAGGGUGAUACAGUAGCUAUCUAUCUUCCCAUGAUUCCAGAGGCAGUGGUUGCAUUCCUCGCUUGUUCUCGUAUCGGUGCCGUCCACUCAGUUGUAUUUGCUGGCUUUUCAUCCGACUCGUUGCGCGAUCGUAUUAACGAUGCCAACUCCAAGGUCGUCAUUACCACCGAUGAAGGCAAGCGUGGUGGAAAGGUCAUUGGAACCAAGAAGAUUGUCGACGAGGCUCUGAAGCAGUGCCCUGGAGUUACUAACUGCAUCGUGUUCAAGAGGACAGGAGCAGAGGUCCCAUGGACGCAAGGAAGGGAUCUCUGGUGGCACGAGGAGGUUGAGAAGUACCCCAGCUACAUUGCACCCGAGUCCAUGGAUUCUGAAGAUCCUCUUUUCUUGUUGUACACUUCUGGUUCGACUGGAAAGCCAAAGGGUUUGAUGCACACAACUGCCGGUUACCUGGUUGGUGCUGCUGCAACUGGUAAGUAUGUGUUCGACAUCCAUGACGAUGACCGCUUCUUCUGUGGUGGUGAUGUCGGCUGGAUUACGGGACAUACUUAUGUCGUCUAUGCUCCGCUACUGCUGGGAGCUACAACCGUCGUUUUCGAGAGCACACCCGCAUACCCUAACUUUUCAAGAUACUGGGACGUCAUUGAACAAAACAAAGUAACGCAAUUCUAUGUUGCUCCAACUGCCUUGCGACUGCUGAAGCGCGCUGGUGACGAGCAUAUACAUCAUGAUAUGAAGGAUCUCCGAGUGCUGGGAAGUGUGGGAGAGCCAAUUGCCGCUGAGAUUUGGAAGUGGUAUUUCGAAUCUGUUGGCAAGGAGAAGGCCCAAGUUGUUGAUACAUACUGGCAAACCGAAACCGGUUCCCAUGUCAUCACUCCACUAGCGGGAAUUACCCCAACCAAGCCAGGAAGUGCCUCCUUGCCAUUCUUCGGCAUUGAACCUGCUAUUGUCGACCCGGUCUCAGGGGUGGAAUUGAAAGGUAACGACGUCGAAGGUGUUCUCGCCUUCAAGCAGCCAUGGCCAAGCAUGGCAAGAACGGUAUGGGGUGCUCACAAGAGAUAUAUGGAUACCUACUUGAACGUUUAUCCAGGGUUCUAUUUCAGCGGAGACGGUGCUGGCCGCGACCAUGAUGGGUACUACUGGAUCAGAGGCAGAGUUGAUGACGUCGUAAACGUCUCUGGCCAUCGUCUUUCGACUGCUGAAAUAGAGGCAGCCCUCAUUGAACACCACUCCGUUGCUGAAGCUGCCGUUGUUGGAGUGACCGAUGAACUAACUGGACAGGCAGUCAAUGCUUUCGUUUCCCUGAAAAAUGGAAACGAAACUGGCGAAGAAAUCCGCAAGGAGCUAAUAAUGCAAGUGCGAAAGUCGAUCGGCCCAUUCGCAGCCCCCAAGGCCGUGUAUAUCGUUGAGGACCUGCCAAAGACUCGCAGUGGGAAGAUUAUGCGCCGUAUUCUCAGGAAGAUCGUAAGCGGCGAGUCUGACAGCUUGGGCGAUAUUUCGACGCUCUCGGAUCCCUCUGUGGUCGCUAAGAUAAUUGAGUCAUAUGAGGCUUCAAAAAAGAAAUGA